GCUUCUCGCCCAACGCCACUAACAUGGUAUUUAGGCGCUUCGUGGAGGUUGGCUGGGUGGCCUACGUCUCCUUCGGACCUCAUGUCGGAAAAUUGGUCGCGAUUGUAGAUGUUAUUGAUCAGAACAGGGGUUUGGUCGAUGGACCUUGCACUCAAGUGAGGAGACAGGCCAUGCCUUUCAAGUGCAUGCAGCUCACUGAUUUCAUCCUGAAGUUUCCGCACAGUGCCCGCCAGAAGUAUGUCCGACAAGCCUGGCAGAAGGCAGACAUCAGUACAAAAUGGGCAGCCACACGAUGGGCCAAGAAGAUUGAAGCCAGAGAAAGGAAAGCAAAGAUGACAGAUUUUGAUUGUUUUAAAGUUAUGAAGGCAAAGAAAAUGAGGAACAGAAUAAUCAAGAAUGAAGUUAAGAAGCUUCAAAAGGCAGCUCUCCUGAAAGCUUCUCCAAAAAAACCACCUGGUACUAAGGGUACUGCUGCAGCUGCUGCUAAAGUUCCAGCAAAAAAGAUGACCGCCGCGAGUAAAAAGGCUCCAGCCCAGAAAGCCACAGGCCAGAAGGCAGCGCCUGCUCCAAAAGCUCAGAAGGGUCAAAAAGCUCCAGCCCAGAAAGCACCUGCUCCAAAGGCAUCUGGCAAGAAAGCUUAAGUGGCAAUCAUAAAAAGUAAUAAAGGUUCUUUUUGACGUGUUAAAAAAAA